AUGAAAUUUAACACGUAAGAUGGCCAAGCUUUUGAAGUAUCUAUUAUUUAAAUUAGAUUGCUGAUGAAACAUUAAAAUAUUUUACUAAGGUUUGUAAAACUAAUGUAGAGACACUUAAUUUAACUUCCAUAAACAGUAGAAUCAUGAAAAAGGUAGUUUAGUAUUGUGAAAUACAUUAAGAGGAUGAUAUUAUCCCUGAAAUUUAGAAACCUUUGCUAUCAAAUAAUCUGUAAGUGAUAUUCUUAUUAUCAGGUAUGAGAUCGUGGGUUUUAAAGAUGCUGAAUAUAUUACUAAUCUUGAAUUUGAGGAAUUACUUCAUAUUAUUAAAGCAGCCGAACUUCUUGGUAUAAAUACAUUAGUAGAUCUAUCAUGUGCACAGUUUGCAAUAAAAAUAAGAGGUAGAAUUUCAUUAAAAUUGUAGGGAAAAGUCCAGAAUAAAUAAAAUCUUAUCUCUCUUCUAAAAUGCAUAAAACAGAUGAAGAAUUUUAGAGGUAAAGAGAUGGUGAAAAUAUGGCCAAGAUUUAGCAGAUGUAAAGUUCAGAUUGA